GAAAACGUCGAUAGUGGCUCAUUCUCUAAUCUUUUGCAUUUGUCUCAUAUUCUACAUUUAGUCUGAAAUGUAAGUUAUAUCUUUCGCAUUCAAUCUUUUAUAACGUUGUUAUUUUUGUGCUCCAUAUGGAUUUGAAAAGCUUCUGGGUUGCUCAUGAGAUGUUUUGCCUUUUGUUCUUCGUGCUUAUGGCGCACACCGCUUAUGGAGACGUGAGCUAUUCUUUUCCGGAGGAGAUGAAACGCGGAUCUGUGAUUGGAAAUAUAGCAAAAGAUCUCGGGCUCGAUGUGAAAAGACUAUCAUCUCGUAAGGCUCGAAUUCCUACUGAAGGAAACAGAAAACGAUACUGUGAUAUUAAUCUGAAUACUGGAGAACUGACAGUAGCGGAGAGGAUCGAAAGAGAAAGUCUUUGUGGAAAGAAAUCUUCAUGCGUUAUAAAACAGGAGCUCGUGCUGGAAAAUCCUUUGGAGCUGCAUCGUUUUAUUCUUAAUAUUGAGGACAUAAAUGAUAAUUCACCACAGUUCACAGAUAGUGUUAUUAAAUUCGAAAUAAGGGAAUCAGCAGACAAAGGAUCUCGUUAUUUAUUAGAUGAGGCCCAUGAUGCGGAUAUUGGUGUGAAUUCAGUGCAGUCAUAUACAUUACAAAACAAUGAACACUUUAUUUUAAGUGUCCUUACGCGGACAAAUGGAAGAAAAUACGGAGAGCUCGUGUUGAAUAAAGAGUUGGAUCGUGAGCAGCAAAAAGAGGUGACUUUAAUUCUCACUGCGGUUGAUGGUGGGACUCCACCGAGAUCAGGUACUGUAGCCAUACACGUCACUGUACUGGAUGCUAAUGAUAAUGCUCCAGUCUUUAGUCAGGCCGUCUAUAAAAUCAGUCUGCCUGAAAAUUCUCCUGUAGAUACUGUAGUGGUUACUGUGAGUGCUACUGAUGCUGACGAGGGACAAAAUGGAGAGGUGACAUAUGCUUUUGGCCAUUUAUCAGAAAGCUUGCGUGAAUUAUUUUCUCUUGAUGCAGUGUCUGGUGAGAUUAAACUUACAGGACUCAUUGAUUAUGAGGAGGAGAAUUCAAUAGAACUGCCUAUUCAAGCUAAAGAUGGUCAAGGAUUAGCCAGUCAUUCCUCUGUAUUAAUAGAUGUUGUUGAUAUCAAUGAUAACGCCCCUUUUUUAAUACUUAAUUCUCUGAACAGCCCCAUUCCCGAGAAUGCGUCACCCGGUACAGAGGUUGGCAUCAUUAAUGUGCAGGACAGAGACUCUGAGAAUAACGGACAGGUGCGCUGCUCCAUUCAGCAAAACGUCCCAUUUAAACUCGUAGCUUCAAUCAAAAAUUACUAUUCUCUGGUGACCACAGGUGAAUUAGACCGCGAGCUGGUGUCUGAUUAUAACAUCACCAUUACUGCUACUGACGAGGGCUCUCCGCCUUUAUCUUCCACUAAGAAUAUUCACUUCACUGUAGCUGACGUGAAUGAUAACCCACCUGUAUUUGAGGAGCAGAAUUACAGAGCUAAUGUGCAAGAAAAUAACAAACCGGGCUCCUCUGUUUGUUCAGUAUCAGCUACAGACCCGGACUGGAGACAGAAUGGCACUGUAGUUUAUUCUCUGUUGCCCUCUGAUGUCAAUGGCGCACCGGUGUCCUCCUUUUUAUCCAUCAACGGAGACACCGGGGUCCUUCAUGCCGUGAGGUCGUUUGAUUACGAGCAGUUGAGAAGUUUCAAAGUGCUCGUGUUAGCCAGAGACAACGGGUCUCCUCCUCUGAGCAGUAACGUGACCGUGAGUGUCUUCAUAACGGAUGAGAAUGACAACUCCCCUCAGAUAUUAUACCCCUCUCCGGAAGGGAACUCCUUCAUGACCGAGAUGGUCCCCAAAGCUGCGCAGGCGGGCUCCCUGGUCUCCAAGGUGAUCGCCGUGGACGCGGAUUCUGGACAGAACGCGUGGCUCUCGUAUCACAUUAUUAAAGCGACUGAUCCGGGACUUUUCACUAUCGGUGUCCACAGCGGAGAGAUCAGGACGCAGCGGGACAUUUCUGAAUCUGACAGCAUGAAACAGAACCUUAUUGUCUCCGUGAGAGAUAACGGACAGUCCUCUCUCUCAGCCACGUGCGCAUUGUAUUUACUUUUAUCAGAUAAUUUGGCUGAAGUUCCAGAACUGAAAGACAUGUCUCAUGACGAGAGCAGCUCCAAACUGACAUUUUAUUUGAUCAUCGCACUGGUGUCCGUUUCCACUUUCUUCCUCACCUUCCUCAUCAUCAUCCUGGCCGUGAGGUUCUGUCGCAGGAGAAAGCCCAGACUGUUGUUUGAUGGAGCUGUAGCCAUUCCCAGCGCGUAUCUCCCUCCAAAUUAUGCAGACGUGGAGGGCGCGGGAACUCUCCGCAGCACUUACAAUUAUGAUGCAUAUCUGACCACGGGCUCGCGCACUAGUGACUUCAAGUUCAUCAGAUCUUAUAAUGAGGGCACGCUGACCUCUGACCUGACUCUGAAAAAGACUCCGUCCUCUGUGGAUGAUCUUGAGGGGCUUGAUGCGGAAAUUGGUGAUUCCAUUCAGGGAGGAUUAAUGAUGCCAUACUUUUUGCAAUAUUUUCCAACUUCAUUGCGAUACUCUUUUAAAAAUUUUUAUUUUGUCUUGUAUUCACGAUUUUUAGACACCAUCAUUGUCACUUAUUGGUGUGUGUUUCUGCAUUGA